GGUUUAAGGCGGCCACUCUUCUUCCUUGAUCAAUGUCAGAGCUUUGGCCCACUUCUUCGUUGAUGUAUUUCUUUUACUCUUUUCAAUCACAUUGAAUUUGUUUUAUUUCUGAGAACCGUUUUCGAUACAAUUUGAUGUUCAGUGGUAAACCCCCUUUAUUCAUUUAUAAUCUCGACAAGAGACCUGGUUCUUUCCUUCCUUUGGAUAAGAAACCGAUUAUUUUCCAACCUAACCACUCGAGGAGUGGUACAAUUAUGUGGAGGAACAUUGCAAAACAAAUCGUUUCGAAAAGCAACGGGUUUCGCUUUGGUUUGCACCUUCCCUUAAAUGCUUAUACUUCUUUUGGUCAUUCUUGGGGUUCAGUUUUCACAGGAAGAUCCAUUUCUGGCUUAAAAUGCGGGUUUCUAGGAAUUGGUUAUAAUCCUCGGAGCAGUGGAAUUUGGUCGCUAGAAGAAUAUUCUUUGGGGAGUCGUAGUAAUUCUGGCUGCUUGAGAAAUCAGGUUGGGUUCAGUGAAUUUUUUCCUAAAGGCUAUUCCAGUGUUGCCGAAGCUGUAACUUCUACUGAUGUCGAGGAAGAUUCGCAUGAUGAAGUUGAAGACUUAAUGAAAGAGAUGAAGAAAGAAGAGAGGAAGCAGGCUAUCAAGAGAUGGCGACGUAUGAAGUAUUUGGCUCGGGGCAUGUCGCAGUCGAAGUAUCAGUUACUGAGAAGAAGGCAGGUUAAGAUUGAGACUGAGGCAUGGGAGCAAGCUGCAAAAGAGUACAGGGAACUUUUGAUGGACAUGUGUGAGCAGAAGCUGGCACCCAAUUUGCCAUAUAUGAAAAAACUAUUCCUUGGUUGGUUUGAGCCUUUUCGUGAUGCCAUUGCCAAGGAACAAGAGUUGUGCCAGGCUAGUAAAAUUAAACUGGCACAUGCACCCUACUUUGAUCAGUUACCAGCAGACAUGAUGGCUGUUAUCACAAUGCAUAAGUUGGUGAGUUUGUUGAUGACUGGAGGUGAGCAUGGCUAUGUAAAAGUUGUACAUGCUGCCUGCAGUGUGGGUGAUGCCAUCGAGAGUGAGGUUAGAAUAUGCAAGUUCUUGGAGAAGACUAAAAAAAGAAAGGGUGAUACAGCAAAGAAAGAAGAGGCAGAUAAUUCCAAUGCCUUAGUCAGGGAACAGGAUAAGCUGCGGAAAAAGGUUACUGAUUUGAUGAAAAAGAAAAAGCUUGCUGUAGUGAGGCGGAUGGUGAAGGACCAAGAUGAUUUUAGACCAUGGGGACAGGAUAAUAAGGCUAGGGUAGGCAGCCGCUUAAUUGAGAUAUUGAUACAGACAGCCUAUGUACAACCUCCAUCUGAUCAACCAUGGGAUUGUCCACCUGAUGUCCAACCCGCAUUCUUUCAUUCAUUCAAAACAGUGAUAAAACAUGGAGUAAAUUCAGGCAGAAAAUAUGGUGUUAUAGAAUGCAACCCUAUAGUUCUCAAAGGCCUUGAGAAAACUGCUAGAAAUAUGGUGAUUCCCUAUAUGCCGAUGUUGGUUCCUCCAGUUAAAUGGACUGGUUUUGACAAAGGUGGACACUUGUUCUUACCAUCCUACGUCAUGCGCACUCAUGGAGCCAAGCAACAACGUGAAGCUAUUAAAAGGGCCCCUCUGAAGCAACUUGAACCAGUAUUUGAGGCUUUGGAUACUCUUGGGCAUACAAAGUGGAGGAUAAAUAAAAGGGUACUGAGCAUAACAGAUAGAAUUUGGGCCAGUGGAGGCCGUCUUGCUGACUUGGUGGACCGCAAUGAUGUUCCUUUACCUGGGAAGCCUGAUACUGAUGAUGAAGCCCUGAUCAAGAAAUGGAAAUGGAAGUCUAAAUCUGUGAAGAAAGAGAACAGGGAGAGACACUCGAGACGGUGUGACAUAGAACUUAAACUUUCGGUAGCACGGAAAUUGAAGGAUGAAGAGGGUUUCUUCUACCCUCACAACCUUGAUUUCCGAGGACGUGCAUAUCCAAUGCACCCACACUUGAAUCACCUUGGUGCAGAUGUAUGCCGGGGCAUAUUAGAAUUUGCAGAGGGACGCCCUCUUGGAAAAUCUGGCUUACACUGGCUGAAGAUACACUUGGCAAAUCUAUAUGCUGGUGGUGUUGAUAAAUUAUCUCAUGAUGGUCGUAUAGCAUUUGUGGAAAAUCAUCUGGAAGAUAUAUUUGAUUCUGCAGACAAACCACUUGAAGGGAGGCGGUGGUGGUUGAAUGCAGAAGAUCCAUUCCAGUGCUUGGCUGUAUGCAUGGACCUCACUGAAGCUUUAAGAAGCCAUUCACCUGAGACAUUCAUCUCACAUAUUCCUGUACAUCAGGAUGGUUCUUGCAAUGGCUUGCAACAUUAUGCUGCCCUAGGAAGAGACAAGCUGGGGGCAGUUGCUGUCAAUUUAGUUGCGGGAGAGAAGCCCGCAGAUGUUUACACAGGAAUUGCGGCAAGAGUUUUAGACAUCAUACGAAGGGAUGCUCAGAAAGAUCCUGCAGUUUUUCCUGAUGCUUCUCAUGCAAAGACCUUGAUUAAUCAGGUGGAUAGAAAAUUGGUCAAGCAAACGGUGAUGACAUCAGUGUAUGGUGUCACUUACGUAGGUGCUCGGGAUCAGAUAAUGAGGAGGUUGAAAGAUCGAGGUGCCAUUUCAGAUAAUAACCAGCUUUUUCUUGCUGCUUGUUAUGCUGCAAAGGUAACCUUAACUGCUUUGGAGGAAAUGUUUCAAGCCGCACGAAGUAUCAUGAGCUGGCUAGGUGACUGUGCAAAAAUAAUUGCAGCUGAAAAUCAACCCGUGCGCUGGACCACCCCUCUUGGACUUCCUGUAGUGCAACCUUACCGUAAGUUAGGGAGGCAUAUGGUCAAAACUUCACUUCAGAUUUUGACAAUGCAAGACGAAACUGAUAAGGUCAUGGUCAAGCGGCAGAGGACAGCAUUCCCCCCGAAUUUUGUUCACUCACUCGAUGGUUCUCAUAUGAUGAUGACGGCAGUUGCCUGCAAGAGCGCAGGCUUGAAUUUUGCAGGGGUUCAUGAUUCAUACUGGACCCAUGCAUGUGAUGUGGAUGAAAUGAACAGACUACUCAGACACAAGUUUGUGGAACUCUACGAGACUCCAAUUCUUGAAAAUUUACUGGAGAGCUUCCAGAGGUCUUUUCCAUCAUUAUCAUUUCCGCCCUUGCCUGAACGGGGAGAUUUUGACUUAAGGGAUGUUUUAGAAUCACCAUACUUCUUUAACUAAGCAAGAUCAUCAUCCUUCAUUUGGCUUGGUGAUUCUAACUAUAGCAUCUGAUCUCUGAACAUGGCAAGAUGGCAGAUCUUUUAGAAGUAUUCAUGCUAGAGGCUAUUACAGUGCCUGUAUAUACCUUUAAAGGCAUCCAGAGUCUUGAGCAGUGAGGUGACAUUCACCAUCGAAUUGAACUACUCGCUUGCUGCUGUGCAGAUGUGAGGAGUUGGAUUCUUGCCAUGUAAAUUUUAGAGAGAGAGAUAUUUUCCGCAUGGGAUCCAUUUACACUGCGCAGUUCAUCGCUUGCGUCUGACACUUGAUUUCCUAUGAAACUCGGAGGAUCUAGCCUUAUUCUGAGGGAGGUUGUAUACCAGUACGAGAUAAUGAAGAAUGUGGUAGAGGUUGCUUGAGAAGUUCUGCUCCCAUAUCACAAUUUAAUUUGAUCAGAAGUUAGCAAUUUUAUGUAUUUCUACAUUUUUGAUAUUGUAAAUAUUACCAAAAUUGUUUGAACAUGUGUACUCGCAGCACAUAAUGGAUGUGACGUGUGUAUUGCUUACAGAAGAUGUAAAUUUUGCCCGACCAUGCUACUGAAUCUUUCUAUCAAGUAUCAACUUCUUGUAAAUGUAAUAUGAUGUGGUUGAAUAGCAUAAUUCAUGUGAAAUUAUGAUAUAA